AUGUUGAAAAGUUUGGCUAAUGCGGUCGGAGGAAAGACGGCGAGGGCAUGCGACAGCUGCGUGAAGAGGCGUGCACGUUGGUAUUGCGCAGCUGACGAUGCUUUCCUUUGCCAUUCUUGUGACGGUUCGGUCCACUCAGCGAACCCUCUUGCUCGUAGGCACGAGAGGGUUCGUUUGAAAACCGCUAGUGCCGGAACGCAUCGCCAUGCCUCUGCCUCCUCCUCACCACCGCACUCACCCACAUGGCAUCAGGGCUUUACACGUAAAGCUCGGACCCCACGUGGAGGCAAGAAGAGUCACUCUACGGUUUACCAUGAUCUUGUGCCCGAGAUGAGCUCAGAGGAUCAGACCUACGAGGUGGAAGAAGAGCUCAUCUUUCAGGUUCCGGUGAUGAACCAGAUGGUUGAUGAGGAGCAAUGCUUAAACGAAUCCGUAGAGACAAAGAUCGAGUUUCCGAUGCUGCCCGUGUGUUUCAAGAGUAGUGAUGAAGAAGAUGACAACGCUGAGAGUUGUCUAAAUGGUUUAUUCCCCACCGACAUGGAACUGGCUCAAUUCACAGCUGACGUGGAGACUCUCCUCGGUGGAGGGAUAGAGCGAGAGUUCCAUGCCAUGGAAGAGCUAGGGUUAGGUGAGAUGUUAAAGAUUGAAAAAGAAGAGAUGGAGGAAGAGGAACAAGUCGUGACAAGAGAGGUGAGUGAUCUUGAUGACGCUGGUGAGACUUCUCCGUUUGAAAUAUGCUUCGAAGAAGAAGAUGUGAUUAAGAAUAUGAUGGACGUGGGAGUGAAUGAGAUGAGUGCUGGGAUUAAGGAAGUGAAGAUGGAGAAGACUCUUAUGCUUGGAUUGGACUAUGAAGCAGUGAUUUCCACUUGGGGAGGCCAAGGAACCCCAUGGACCACCCUCAAGCCACCUCAAAUAGAUCUAGACAUGCUCUCUUGCCCAACCGGUUCCACGGGUGAAAGUGGAGCAGAGGCUUAUCAUCACAACCACUACCGCAGCUUAGGAUUACAGGCUGGGGAUGGAGGAAGAGAAGCUAGGGUUUCAAGAUACCGAGAGAAAAGGAGGACAAGGUUGUUCUCCAAGAGGAUAAGGUACGAGGUACGUAAACUGAAUGCUGAGAAAAGGCCUCGGAUGAAAGGAAGGUUCGUGAAGAGAUCUUCAGUUGCUGCUGCUCAGUACUAA